GAAUCUUGGCGGUAUACUCAGCAGCCAAGGGCGAUUCGCUGAAGCGGAAGAAGCAUUUAUCCAGGCCCUCCGCUAUCGACCUAAUAUGGCUGACGUACACUACAAUUUAGGCAUUCUGCAGCAGGCAAGGAGGAAUUAUGAUGAGGCUAUAUUGAGUUACCAACGAGCGAUUAAUUUUCGACCUUCUUUAAUUCAGGCUUACGUGAAUCUUGGAGUGACCUUAAUAUCUGUUGGACGUAAAAUCGAAGCUGCCGACAUACUACGUACAGCAGCAUCAGUUAAUGGAGCAGGACUUAAAGACAAAAGAGUCCAUGAAGCUGCAAGAAUCCAGGCCCUUUUACGUUUAGGCUCAUUGUAUGCAGACGAUGGACAUCUUCACGAGGCACUAUCAUCAUACAGAGAGGCACUCCAAACACUGCCCGAGUAUUACCCACCCCAGGCAGUCUAUAAUUUGCUAGGCGAGACCUUGUCAAAGAUGCAGCAGUACGCCGAGGCGGAGAGAUGGUUCCAAGCUUGUCUCGUCAGAGAACCCAACUAUAUUCCAGCUCACAUUACUUAUGGAGAGUUACUUGCCCGUAAUUCGAGUCGUGUGCUGGAGGCUGAACGGUGGUUCGUCAAAGCUACAAGACUCGCCCCCGAUGACCCAAAUGUGCACUAUCGCUACGGAAUGUUUUUAUCAUCUCAAAAUCGGUUCGCCGAGGCCGCCCGUGAACAGCUGAAAGCAGCUGAACUAGCCCGUUCAGACUACGAAUUAUCAGUGGCAGCAGCAUCAGCCCUUCGUCAUGCCGGCCGUCAUGACGAGUCUGAGACGUGGUACAAGCAUGCAGCAAGCCUAAAGCCCAAUGAAGCAACGAGUCACACAAAUCUCGGGGCAAUACUCCACAUAAACGGAAAAUAUCGUCAAGCAGCAGCUGCAUAUCGCAAAGCACUACGUCUACAGCCAAAUGAUCCAACGACAAUUACAAAUCUCUACAAAUUAAUGGCGCUUAUAACGUGACCCUCGGUGGGGGAUCCCCUGUCCCCCUUCAUAAAACCUCAUAUUUCGGAAGGGAGGCAAAACGCUACUGAUCCGAUUUAUUUUACUGAACCAAAAUUUAAUCGCAACUUCUCUUCCUGGUAUUUAUUUGACAAAUGGUUCGACUACUAUUCAAUAAUAAUCAUGUACGUGCGUAAAAUCAUGAAUCAAUGGCGUUCAACUCAUUCAUACUGCCUGCUAUGAUACAUGUAAAUGAAUAAAGCUUAGUUUAUUUUUCUCUAUGAUCAUGUGUGUUUGUUUUCAUGAUUAAUUAUUGAUAAUCGUGUGAUGUUUGAGGAGAAGACAUUGUCGGGCAAUUAUUUUAUCAAUUUUUCGCUGCUAAAGGACUACGUCAUCAUGCUGAAUAAUUGUUGAAUUAAAAGGUUGUGCAUUCAGUUGUUUACAAUAACAAGUGUUUAUUCUUUCUUUUCUUACAUUUCUUCAUUUCUUGUUAUAAAACUGUCAUAAAUUGUGGAGAAUACUGAAACAUUGAAAUUCUUUAUUCUUUGUUGUUUAAAAAAUAAUUAUUCCUUUGUAUUUUAGGUGGGUUACUCAUUGGAUAUUUUGAAUAUUUUGUUACUUAUGGGAGUUUGGUUAUGGUUAAUGUAACUGUUAAAGUAUUCAGCUAAUAGACGAUAAAUUAUGGAAAAAAUAGUUGCUGUUAGACAAUCCCAUGAUAAUUUUUAAAUUAUGGCUUUUAACUGACAAUAAUACAUUUUUAUACCGGUGCUAAAAGUGGAAUUAAUAUUCAACAUAUUUAUUUGCCAUUUGUGCAAAGUACUUGAGUAAUUUUAAAUGAAUUUUUAUAUUCGUUCGGGUUUUUACGUAAUGGCAAAGAAAUUUAAAGAAGAUGUAGAGAUCUUAUCGAUUAGCUUUUAUAGCAUUUGCGUUUUACUUUUUCAUUGGUGUUUGGUAUGUUUUCUUUUUGUUUGAUUUAAUAUUAAAUGGGCUUAAGCUGAAUUAGAUGAGCCAAGUUUUUUUCAGAUUUUGGCAAAUAUCUAAUCUAUCAUCUAAAUAUUUUGGAAUUAUAAUUUUAGUUUAUGCUUCUUUCGCAUUUUUCUGAAACUCAUUUAGGCGCUAAUGAAGUUUGUCAUUUAAUGGAGUGAAGAGAUCGGAAUUUGUGACAAAUUAUUGUGAGAGGUGAAGGGGACUCUCUUCGCUACAUUUUAGGACAGUCAAAAUUUCUUUGUAAGUAAUGGUAUCUUAAUAUUACAGAUGUACAUACCACGACGAAUUUUUCAUUCCAAAACAUGUUUGUUGGAAGAAAAUUUGUUUCUUGUAUUCAUUUUUUUAUCCUGAGCUUUGAUACAAGAUGGAACCAAAUUGCAUUCUUACACAUUUACUUUGUAUAAUUCGAAGAUUCCACAGAGAUAACAUGGAAUUUUUCAUUCAAUUCAUCAACGAAAUGAAAUCGUGUCACGUCUUUCAGACAGAUUGUUAUAUUCACAAAUUGUAAUGUAUCGAUAGAAAAGAGUUGAUUCUGUCGAAUUAACAGGAAAUAUAACUAGGUACUAGGAAUUUUUAUUGCUUCUUUUGUGGAAUUAUUACUUUUCUUUUACUACCUCUUCCAAGGCACAUUCAAAUGAAAUUCAUGUAAAGCUCUGGUUUAGUGAUUACGUGUGCGUGCCUUGAUUCCCGAGAAACAAAGAAUUCUCUUUUGUUCUUUAAUAUUAAAAGCUACAGAAAAAAUUGUACAGAUUACGACAUGUGUUGUUAUUUAUCCUGAUCGACAUCACCCAACUCUCUCCUAG